GAGCGGAAGUCCUUCAUUGUCCACCGUGAACGGAAGAGUGACAUUAUUAGCGGUACUGAAGAACUCUGCUGUUUUAAUAAUACAAUUGUUGCAGGAACACUGUGUUGAGGAAUCUGAAGGAGCAAUCAGUUGAUGGAUGGUCCAUGCCCAAACGCUUUACAACCAAUGUGCAAUGGCAAGGCUUUCCACUAAGAACUAGAUGAUUGAGCCUUGGAUGACAAAGUUGAUAAAAGCAAGUGUGUGAAGAGAACUUGGAUGCCAAAUUAGAUGGAUGUCUCACUUCCAAACAAGAAUGUUGCAGAUUGGGACACUGAACAAAGUUCUGCAUGUGUUUCCAAAUCUUCAGAGGAUGUAUGGAUGGGGAAAAAACAAGAAUUUGAGAAGGAACAAGAACCUGUGAUGGCAAAACACAGUAUGGACAAGGAUGCAAGUUCAGAAGUAUUGUCAAAUGUCUCUGAUAAUCGUAGUGAAAAGAAAAAAGUUCACGAAUGUCCGUUGUGCCUUAAGCGAUUUGGUGUCCUAUACAAACUAAAAAGGCAUUGCCUUAUUCACACCAAUGAGAGGCCAUUUCAGUGUCCCAUAUGUGUGCAUAGUUUUAGGGAACGCUCUCACCUAAAAGUACAUCUCAGAACUCACACUAAUCCUGUGAUGCAAAGUACAAUCCAGAAACAUGGAUUUAGCAGUGUACCUUGUAAUCAAGCGUCAACUGCCCAAAGUGAUGCCAAUUCAACAGAUGAACAUAAAUCAGUUGAAGUAGAUUUAACCAAGACUUACUCAGAUGUUGAAACUAUUGGUUCAGAGAGUGGUUUAAAAAUUAUAAAGGGACCUCGGUGCCCUUUAUGCUUAAAAUGUUUUCAAUCGCCAUCAAAGCUUAAGCGUCACAUUAUGAUACACACUGAGCAAAAGCCUUUCAAAUGCUACGUGUGCUCCAAAACCUUCCAUCUAAGAUCUCAUUUGAAAAUUCACAAGUGUAAAGGUAAAAUUAGACCCGAGUGCAAUACUUUUUUGGGGAAUGGGCUGGUAGAAGAGAACAGGGUAGAGGGUGAAGAUCUCGGAACCAGGAUGGCACCUGUGUCCAAAUCAUCAGAUGUGCGUCCACUUUUACUCACAAAGAAAAAUCGAUAUCAGUGUGAAAUAUGCUUGAAGGUAUUUAGUGUCUUCUCUAAUCUAAAACGACAUCGGUUUGUUCACUUAGCCUCCAAGCCUUACACUUGCACAAUCUGCUGGAAGUCAUUUAAGCAGGCCCGUUAUCUCCAUAAACACCUCAAGCAACAUAAAGAAAAAAGGCACUUUCCUUCUAGGAUGUGUGAUGUCAAGAAGAAAAAUGAAGGCAAUUCUUCAACACCUGGAGCUUUUGAUGGUUCAAAUAACAGCAGGCUAAAUGCCGGUGAUGUGUCUCAAAAUUUAAGCACUGUAGACAAGCAACAUCUUGAAAUGUUACAGUGUGACAACCAUCUUAACCAAAAUGCCCCUUUAAUAAAUUCCAGUGCUGACACCCUAAAGGAAGAGGUAAUAGAAGAGCAAAUUGCAGACGCCAACCCAACAUAUUUUAAGCACACAAGUAAAAAUGUGAAUCAGUGCAAAAUCUGUCUGAAGAAAUUUUCAUAUCCUUCUAGGCUCUCCAGGCACCUUUUGGUUCACACAGAUGAUAAACCAUUUAAAUGCAGCGAGUGCUCGAAAUCAUUCCGGAAUCCGUAUCAUUUGCGGAGGCACCAGAAGAUCCACAAAAGAGAAAAAAAGUAUAUUGCCAACAAAACAGGGCAUCAAUUACUCUAUUCUUCUAAUGUUACAUCUACAAGUCUACUUAAAACCGACAGUGGGUAUCAGUGUGAUGUAUGCUUAAAGACAUUUAGUGUCCCCUCUAAACUAAGGCGACACCAAAUUGUUCAUUCAGGCACUAAGCCUUACACUUGCAUGAUCUGCAGAAAGUCAUUUAGUCAGGCCUAUUCCCUCACAAAACACAUCAAGUUACAUACAGGAAAAGUAAACAGUCCUUCCCUGUUGCAUUGGCUGAGAGGGUCAAAAUCAUCAAUAACUGGUGCUUUGCAGACAAAUAAUUGUGGACCAAAUGAUGCUAAUGCGUCCCUGCCUAAGGAAUUAGACUCUGUAGAUGGCCAAACAAAUGAAAAGCUUCAAGACCACAGCCAACUUGACCAAAAUGUCUCCUUGACAGAGUCGUCAAAUACUGUAAAGACUGAGAGUGAGGAUGUUUUGAAGGAUUCUGAAGAACCAACCGCAAACUCCAGCCCAACAAAUAGCUUGGACAAAAGUAAUGAUGAGAAUCAGUGCGUCAUCUGUCUGAAGACCUUUCCAUAUCCGUCUAAGCUCUCCAGACAUCUUUUGACCCACACAGAUUUCAAACCAUUUCAAUGCACAGUGUGCUCGAAAUCAUUUCGAAAUGAGUCCAAUUUGCAAAGCCAUGAGAAGUUCCACAAGAAAACUGGCAAAAAAAGAAUAUCUGCCUAUUCCGGUCCUGUAUAUCAGUGUGAAAUAUGCUUGAAGAAGUUUAAUUUCCCCUCCAGGCUAAAACGACAUCUUAGCAUUCAUUCGGGUGCCAAGCCUUACAGUUGCAUGAUCUGCGGGAAGUCAUUCAGACUGCCCGAAUAUCUUUCUGAACACCUCAAGAUACACAAGGGAAAGAAGAGAAACCAUUCUUCUCGGUUGCAUGGAGUCCCUCAAAAGCAAGGGAUGGACGACAAGGGAUCAGACACCCAAACAGAUGAAAAUCAAAGCCAAAAUUUAUCUGAUGUUUCAUCAGAUACUGAAACACAGACUCCAGGAAACUCCAGCCCAAUGUACCCUGAGUCCAGAAGUGGGGGUGUGAAUCAGUGUGUCAUCUGUCUAAAGAUAUUUCCUAAUCAUCCUUUGCUUUUCAAACAUCUUUUGGGCCACGCAGAUUUCACACCAUUAAAGUGCAAUGUGUGCUUGAAAUCAUUUCGAUAUCUGUGUAAUUUGGAGAGCCACAAGAAGAUGCACCACAAAGCGGCUAAGGAGAAAAUUGCAGGCAAUUCACAACAGGACUGUGCAGAUUCUGGAAAAGCUGUCGCAUCUAAAGACCAAGAUCUGAAAAUGCCAUCGUCUCAAGAUGGAGCUACAGUUCACCAAGAUCCAAACAUGCUUGCAGAUAAUGCAUCUCAGAAAAUGAGUGGUAACUGCAGUGAUUCAGGUGGAUUGACCUCAAAUGGUACUCGUUUUCUAGGAAAUGUUGUGCCCAAUUCCGAGGUCAUUACUCAGUCUAGCAAGAAAACUGUUUUGGGUUUGACGCAUAACACUGACAUCUCUGUGCCUGCUGAGAAAAAGGCAUUUGACAUUGUGCCUUUUGGCAGAGUGAGCGACUUUCCACCCAAAACUGAUUCAUCUCUCCAGCCUUGUGCCUCCAAUUCAAGAACCGAGCAAACCUGGGCACAUCACACUGGUAAUAUUAAAGAAGAAGUUUCCUUUGUGGAUUCUGACACUAUUAAACAUGUCCCAGAGUCUUCCGUUCCCCCUGUAAGUCUGCACACUCAGAAACCAGACAAUUCCAACUUGAGUAAUGCUGAUGUUAGGGGGCAGUUGAACUUUCAAGAUCCUAGUGGACACUGUAACAAACCUCAACAUGACUUCCUCAUUUGUUCUGACUGUGGCCAGAGUUUCCCCACAGAGCAAAAAUUCUAUGCUCAUAAAUGUACCAACCUAGAGUCUACAGAGAAAUUCAAGAAAUUCCAUCAGUGUGACAUUUGCUUCAAAGUCUUUAAUGUACCGUCCAAACUAAAGAGACACAUUAUUAGUCACACUGGUCAAAAGCCAUACAAGUGUCCUCAUUGUCAGAAGGGCUUUACACAGUCCCAUAAUAUGAAAGCACACAUGUUGACCCACACGUUCGAAGACAUACCUCAAGGGUUGUCCAGCUAGGACGUUAGGGCAUCAAGGGGCAUUUCUCACUAAAUCAGCUGUGUUCUAUGUAUAUUUUAGUGCUACAAGUUUUCUGACAUAUAGACCAUAAUUAUCGUUAAGUUUUCUUUUUUCAUAUCCUUUUUUUUUACAUUUUGUUUUUGUUUUAUUCCAUUGUACAAUAAGUGUCAAAGUACACAAUGUGUUGAUGUAAAAAUGAAACCAGAAGGAACUCUAAAAUAAAACAAUGAAAUUUUGUUGUGAUUAA